CUGAGGGCAACGUCCCAUUCACUUUUACCUUCUGACGCCAUAUUGAUUUGUUUUAAAGGGUCAUUGAAAAACACAGAAACGAUAUUAUAAAGUUACGAAUCUUUAACUUAAAUCAUUAUGAAUACUGUGUAAAUUCGUCGUAUUGAAUGUAUUCUCUCGAGUUUCAUACAUGAAACAUAGAAAAUUAUUUUCAUUCUUAAAAAUAAAUAAUAGCAACAGUUUGUCAAAAGGAAUAGUAAGGUCUUCACAAAUGAAUGGUAUGACGUGCGGAUAUAUAAUUAAGAGAAGUGUGUGGGAUGUUAUUCACUAAUACAGCAAACGACAUUCAAUUGCAACAAUAAGUGAGAGAAUUCUAACGAUAUAGUCUCGGAGUCAGUUAUAGGCAGUGUCCAUUUGGAAGUAUUCUAACCACGAACAACAAUAAACUCGAAACAUGGGAAAUAUGUGUAAUGAUUGUAUGGCCAGAGUGCCCUAUGCAACUCUUAUUGCAACUAUAAUGUGUUGCUUAGGGGUGGGUAUAUUUUGUGGCACAAUGUACAGAGGUGUUACAUUGGGUUCUUUAAUGAUGGAUCAGGUAUUUCACUUACAUCUUGGGUGGCUAGAAGCUGUUCAGUUAACUUUUGCAACAAUUGGUGCUAGUAUGGCAGCUUUAGGAUUUAUGAUAUUAUGUGUUGGUUGUCUCGCAACUGGAGCUACAAGGCAUAAAGUAUAUAGAGCAUGGAGAUCCAGAGUUGGUGGACGUAUUUCUUGUGCUGUUUUCAUGACAAUCACCUACAUACUACAACUAGGCUGGCUUGUAAUAUUUGCAUUCUUGGUUAUAAUUACCUGGAUUUUCACUAUAUUUUGGGGAUUAUGCAGUAAUCCUAGAGUUCAGUCUCUUGAUCAAUGCAUUGAUUUCACUCAAUUCAGUUUCAUAUUCCCAAAUAAUACAAGAAUAGAGGACAUGAAGGUAUGUGGACCACAAGAGGUAAAGCUGUUUUGUAAAGAUUUUGUUGAAAAAGCAGAGGUGAUGUUUAUUUUGGCUACAGUAGCCACAAUGCUAGUGGUGUUAAGUUUGAUACAUUACUUGAUGUGUCUAUCUGCCAAUUACGCGCAUAUCCGGGAUCAUGAGAAAUUCCAAGAAUUACAAGAACUUCAGUAUCUGCAAGAGCCAGGAGAUCCAGAUUCUCCUCAACCCGGUAUGGGAACUUUGGGUUCGCAUCAUCGUACUAAAGACAGGUUCUAGGAUACGGCCCGCGAGAUCUUCGCGAUGAAUCCUUUAUAAUUAACAUUCCUGUUUAAAAAAGAUCGAGAAUCUUUUCACUCCAAGGAUUGAUAACAGUUUCGUGUUGUUCUUCUCCUACGUACCUAAACUCAGUAUUCUACUUAAUCAAUUAUUAUCACAGUAGUUUACUGACCGAAGAUCUUGCGGGAACACAUCAUGCCGUCCAUUAUCUGCGACUGUCUUGUAAGCAUUUAUUUUGUUUUAAAGUUAUAAAUCGAUUAAGUAAUUAGAGGUAAGUAAAAUUUCAUUUAUAUAUCGUUGAAUUUCAAUACAUACAUGAGAACAUUCCAUAAUUUAUAUUUGUAAGAAGAUAAAAUAUUUUAUUUUGAACGCAAAUGUAUAGUGAUUAUGCGCGAAGAUUAGAAAAUAUAAGCGCACAGAGUAUACUUUUCAAAUUGUUUGGUAGAUGAAAAUAUAUAUAAUUAUUAUCGACCUACAUAAAUUAGGUACGUAAUAGUUGCACAAAAGUAUUAUUUCGUAUUAAAGAUUUGAUUAACGAUGUGUUUAUGAGACUGUUUAUAAAUACAAACUGUAUUGUUAAGUGCUAUUCAUAUCAUUAAUAUGAAGAUUUGUUCAAUGAAAAAUAUAUAGAUCUUUUCAUAUGUUAGAGUAAAGUAAUCAUCUGCUCUCAUCAUACUGGAGGAAAAGUAAAAAAAAUAUGAUUGGUUUUUGUUAUUUUUUUUUUUAAUUUGCUACUUAUUACACUUGUAUUAAAAAAUAUGUUCGAAUGUUUUAUAUUUUCCUCCGGUAUGAAUAAGUUAAGUAUUAUAUUAGAGAUCUAUCACUCUUGUACAAUUACCUGAAGAGAUUAAAUUGUAAUGUGAAUUAUCAGAGAAGACAAUAGAAAAUUAGUUCAAAUUGUAUUUUUAAUGCACAAUACAUAACUGUGCCAAAUUUAUGCGAUUUAAACUUACGUCUAUAUGGAAGAAAAAACGAUCACGUAUAUAUAUUACACGUUAUUAUUGGUAGACAAUAUUUAACACAAAUACCUAUGGUUAAGAUAUGACACAAGUUCAACUUGCUCAAAUUAUUUCGUAAUUCUGACUAUUUCCGACUGUAUGAUACGUUCAAAAAGUACUAUAUCGCGCACAUUAUAUAAAUACAUAUCAAAUUGGACAAUGAGUUUCAUUUAUAUAAAGUUACAAUAAAUAAUUGUAUGAGAAAAAUUACUGUACGAACAAAAGAUGGAUUUAUUAUUAAGUUUGUUCUAUAUUUGUUUUUCUAAACAUUUGUAUAUUCUUGUAAGAUCAAAUAAAAAAUACUUUCUAAUCGA